AUGUCUACAAACAUUGCAGGUACAUCACCAAAUUUGUAUAUCACCUGCAAUAUUUCAAGAGCCUGUGACAAAAUCCAUGUCCUUCAUUCGAGAAACUGCUUAAAAGACAUUGUUCAAGCUCAACCUCAUCUCUUUUCGAAGUUUUCUCGAGAUGAUCGAAAUACAAGGCGACCGAAACAACUGUCGAGCAAAUUCCGAGCCAUGGCUUCUUCUCCAUCAUCAUCACCAUCGCCUUCUUCGCCUUCUAACCGAUCACCCUCAAUAUUGAAAAAAUGGUUAUUGGGGGUAUUACUAAGUGUGAUCCUACCAGCAGCUGGUCAUAAAGGGGGGUUUCUGUUGGGCCUUAAAGUGAAAAUCGACCAAGCGAUGGAGACGGUGGAGAAUGUGACGGAGGUUGUGGAGGAUAUAGCGGAGGAGGCGGAGAAGAUAGCCGAGGAAGUCGAGGAGAAGCUUCCGGAUGACUCGAAGUUGAAGGAGACGCUCGACUCGUUCGAGGAUCUCACCAGAAUGGCUGCUAAAGAAGCCAAAAGAGCUCAAGAAAUUGUUCACCAGGUAAAAGAGGUGGAGGAAGAGAUAGAGGAAGCCCUCAUUAAAGCCCAUAAAGAUCAACCCCCAAAAUAG